GUGAGCUGAGGGCUGUCCCCGGUGAGGCUCCCGGGUGUCCCCACAGCGGGGAGGAGCUGGGGCCCGGGCGGUUUUUGGGGCGGGCAGCGCCUGUCUGGGAAGCCCCUGGCCCGGGAGCGGGGCCGCGCUCGGGGUGCCCCCGAGGAGCGUCCGAGGUGAGGGCGUGGAGCCGCUGCCCGCGUCGGCUUCAGCAGGGCGGUGAGGAUUUCAAGAUGUCUAAAAAGAAAUUGAAGAAGUUAACUGGGAAGGAAGACUGUUUGGAUGGCCGGGAUGACAAAAACUCUGAAGACACAAAAUCUUAUAACCGUACUGUGAAAGGCGAUACAGAGUUUCAGAGGUUCAAAAUAGAGAAGGACGUGCAAGAGAAGAAGCGAGACCAAGGUUCUAAUAUUUCUCACAGUACUGAUGGAAGAUCCCAAAGAAAAUCUCCAAACAGAAGCAAAACCACAGACAAUUCUUUAAUCCAAACUGAAAAGCAAAAGAAAAUAGUGAUACAAUUUAAAGCCAAAGAAAUUAAACAUGGAAAAAGUACACACACUCCUGAUGUAGUGACUUCUAGUAGGGAAGGUCAUAACAAAAGUCGUUUUGAUGAAGCAGAAGGAAAAAGACUCUGGCAUAGCUUUGCACUUCAGAGGGCGAAGGCGAUGAAGAAAAAGACAGAGAAAGCUGAACUUUGCAAACUAAAGUUAAAAGCAGAACAAACAAUGUUGGAAAAAUUUAAGUUGUCUGCAUAUGAUUCACAUGUACCACAUAAAAAGGCAGAUGGAUCAAAAAAACGGAGUGAAGAUGUCAGAAUUCCCAAAAAGCCAUAUGACACCUCUACAGGGACUGUGGAUGACCAUAGGUCUUCCACUAAGAAGUCAAAUACGUUAUCUAGAACUUGGGAAGAAGAGUAUGAAGAAGAACGUAAGGAGUUUCCUAUGAAAAAACGGCAUGUGAGUAAACGCACACCGUCACGUGCUUCAACUGAAACACCGGAACGUUGGGACUUCAGUAAACGGAAAAAACAGGAUGUUGGUUCUGGUAAAGCUGCUGGUGCUUCAGGAACUGAAGGAGGGGACUUUGAAGCCACAGCGUCAUGUUUUAAGCAGACUUUUGAGGUCCCGUGCACAUCUGACUCCUACCAAGACAGUGAGGACAUAAAGUCUACCCAAAAGAACUUUGAAGUCUUUCCACCCCUUCAAGGCAGUCAGAAUGCAGAAGCAGACCAAGAGAUGCAGAUAGUUGAAGAUUUGCAUGUUGCUCGUGUUCAAAAGAGGAUGGCGCUGCCUGUCGUACAGGCUUGUGGAGAGCUUACCAGUAUGGAAAUAGAUCUUCCAGAGCAGGAUUUAAAUAUUUCUGCUGAGUCUUUUACUUCGGGCCUGAACAUAUUAGUGGUGAUUGACACAAAUAUAAUGAUUAGUCACCUUGAGUUUGUCAGAUCCCUGAAAUCUGAGGACAUACCAGGGGUUAACAGACUUGCAUUAAUAAUUCCCUGGGUCGUUCUACAAGAGUUGGACAACUUGAAGAAGGGGAAAAUGUUGCAGCAUGUGCGGGACAAAGCUAUCCCUGCAGUCCAGUUCAUCUACAUGUGUCUCAAAAACCAAGAUGCAAAAUUAUGGGGGCAAUCCAUGCAGCUCGCUUCUCAAAAAAUAUAUGGCCUGAGUGACGAGAACAAUGACGAUCGCGUUUUACAGUGUUGUCUGCAGUAUCAGAACCUCUUUCCUCAAGCUGUCGUCGUACUCUGCACGGAUGAUAAAAAUUUAUGUAAUAAAGCCAUUGUGAGUGAGGUCAAGGCAUUCUGCAAAGCUGACUUGGUUACUGCUCUGCGCAAUCUGAACGUGAACAGGCACCAGAACUGUGCUGAGCUGCAACCGUCAAAGUGUGAUGCAGAAUUGGAGAAAACAGAGAGAGGUGACGCUAGUCUUACUGCGCGAUUCCCAAAUAUGCUUCCAGACCUUGAAAAGAUCUUAGGAGAAGCUUUAUCUUGUAUUUUGGAGACUGAAAUGAAAAUCGCAUUUGGAAACCUAUGGAUGGAGAUCCUGUAUCUGAAGCCACCAUGGACACUAGCAAACUUGCUGAAGUGUUACAAAAAACACUGGAUGGCUGUUUUUGGUUAUGUUGUGCCAAGGAAUUUACUUUCAACCGUUGAAUGCCUCUAUAAACACCUUUGUACAGGUAAAACAGUUGACUCCUCAACAGCAGCUCUCUUGCUCCAGGAAUCCAAAAAAUUGUUCCAUGCUUUCAGUUCAAGGUCAGACUAUGACGGAGUUCUUCCCCAUGCUUACGCUGAAGUGAAUAAGCUGCACCAAACGCUUACAGAGGUGAGGUCAGGCUGUGAGCAGGAUUUAUCAGAAGACAUCAUGGUCGUUUCAGAAAAUGCUGCAUGUGAAAAAAUGGAAGCCAUGACACCCAAUCUUCAAAAUCGUGAAGAAGAAAAAAAGUUACAUCCGAGCUUUCAUGUGGCUCAAGAAAACAGGCACCAGGAAAUCUGGUCAGUCCUUGAAGGUGUGUGGAAUACAAUGAACUUGUACAGUAUUGAAAUUUUCCAGAAGUUGGACCCAAACGCAAUAACUGUGACUGCAAAGUCUUCGUUUGAAGAAGCUUUUUUAGGUCUGCAGAAACUCUUGGCAGCUGUGAAUGAUAUCCGUGAAGGAAUUAGUAGAAUUUUGGCCCCAACCAGUAGUUUCCAAGAUAUUUGGACCCUCUAUAACUUCCUCAUAAGCAACGAGAUCAACAGCAGUAUAAAAUUCACUGCUGAGGAGCUUUACGAGUGCGUUUCACAGGAGAUCUAUCGGGAGCGGCUGGAGGUCGGGUGCUGCCAGCUGGCACAGCUGGAACGCGCCAUCGAGCAGUGUCACACCGCGGCACACGCCGAGGCCAAGAACCGCGGCUGGCUGUGACACCGGGGCCGAGCUUUGGAGCUGCCGAGCUCGCCCCUGCCUUGUCCUCAUCCAGACAACAUCCGACUCCUAGGGGCUGCGCAAGGGACACACUCGAGAAACCAAAAAUCUGCCUUUUCUCUUCUCAGUGGUGCCGUUUUAUACGUGAGUUGAAGGAAAAACCCAACUAGUUGUUACAUAUAUACAUUAAAUGUGAGAAUUUCUGCCAAUGGGCAGGUAAUAGAAUUGUCGGUCUCCAGUGAGGGGCUCUGGCGUGAUACAGCUGGUUGGGUAUCCAGCAGAUGUGCUGGGCUGCUGUUCUGAAUUACAGAUGUUGCGUUAGGAGCUACGUCCUUUAAUGCUUGCGUAGGAAAAUCCUCGUAAGGUGUUUGUUUUGCUGGGACUUGAGAAGUGACAAGUGAGACCGGGGGUCUGAGGAGAGCAGCUGCAGAAUCAGCUGCCUGGGAUAUGGACACGAAGCACUGAAGCGCAGGUGCAAUGUAUGGAUCCUACAUAGUGCACUAUAUACUGAAGAGAGGAUAUAGAAUGGGGAAAGAAAUGGAUUGAAGCUCAUUUUUAAACACACAAAGCAAAAAAGACCCCACUGCCAUACAGGUGUGUUUGUCCUGUACCUCUUCUCAGCAGAAAAGGGUGUUUUUGUUAAAAUACCCACUUGAGCUUCAUCCAGCGGGAGCCUCUAGAAAGUUCCUUUGGGAAAACUCCUCAUCCUUCCCCUUUGCCACCUUCCCUUGCGGAGGCAGGAGCGGUUUCCCCUCUGUGCCUCGGUUCUGGUUGAAUGUACCAGUUGUUGCUCUCCCAACCCACUUUAACUCCAUGGAACUUUGGGAUGGAACUUCAGUGCUGCUGUGGCCUUUACAGCUACCUCUUCUGUGUAUGUACUUGUACAGAGAGACAAAGGGCAAAGUUCUAAACGGUUUAUAUUUUGAUAUUGACUUUUAGAUGUAUUAUUUGUAAAAAAAAAAUCUUUUCUUGUUAAAAUCAGAUUUAUUGUUAUAGUAAAUGGCAGUUGAUUCUA